UCUCUCUCUCUCUCUCUGUGUGUGUGUGUGUGAUCUGUCGGUUGGAGCGGCGCGCCGCCGGUGAUCAGUUGCGCGCGCUCGGAGGAGCCGCGAUGCGCCGCUGCGCGCGAGUCUCCACCCUGCCGCAUCCUCUCUAGCGCUCCGGCGGCGUCUGUUUAUUCCUCCGAGGGAGGGGAAAAACAAAACAAAACAAAAACAAAAACAAGAAUGUCUCUGAAGUCCAAGCAGUGCGAGUCGGUGAAGGUGGCGGUCCGCUGCCGGCCUCUCAGCCGUAAAGAAGAGGCGUCCGGUUAUGACAGCAUCCUGGACAUGGACGUUAAGCUGGGCCAGGUGGCGCUGCGGAACCCCCGCGCUCCUCCGGGAGAACCCGACAAGACCUUCACCUUCGACGCCGUGUACGACGCCACGUCCAAGCAGAGCGACCUGUACGACGAGAGCGUGCGGCCGCUGGUGGACUCGGUCCUAUGCGGCUUCAACGGGACCGUCCUGGCGUACGGACAGACCGGCACCGGGAAGACGUACACCAUGCAGGGGGAGUGGACCGAGGCCGAGCGGCGGGGCAUCAUGCCCAGCUCCUUCGAGCACAUCUUCACGCACAUCUCCCGCUCGCAGAACCAGCAGUACCUGGUGAGGGCCUCGUACCUGGAGAUCUACCAGGAGGAGAUCCGGGAUCUCCUGACCGCCGACCACAGCAAGCGCCUGGAGCUGAAGGAGAGCCCCGAGUCGGGGGUGUACGUCCGAGACCUUUCGUCGUUCGUCGCGAAGAACGUGAAAGAAAUGGAGCACGUCCUGAACGCGGGGAACCGUACGCGGUCCGUGGGCGCGACGGACAUGAACGAGAGGAGCUCCCGGUCUCACGCCAUCUUCAGCGUCACCGUGGAGUGCAGUCGGCCCGGUCCGGAUGGCCGCAACCACAUCUGCGUGGGCAAGCUGAACCUCGUGGACCUGGCCGGGAGCGAGCGCCAGAGCAAGACAGGCGCGCGUGGCGAGCGACUCAAGGAGGCCACUAAAAUCAACCUGUCCCUCUCGGCGCUGGGCAACGUCGUAUCGGCGCUGGCCGAUGGCCGCGGCGCUCACGUGCCCUACCGCGACUCGAAGCUCACGCGCUUGCUCCGGGAUUCCCUCGGUGGAAACGCCAAGACCGUAAUGGUGGCGACCCUCGGCCCAGCGUCCUUCAACUACGACGAGACUCUGACCACGCUGCGCUACGCCAACCGUGCCAAGAACAUCAAGAACGUCCCACGUGUCAACGAGGAUCCCAAGGACGCGCUGCUGCGCGAAUUCCAGCAGGAGAUCGCCCGCCUCAAGGCACAGCUCCUCCGACGCGGCAUGCUGAGCUCCAAGAAAAAGAGCCGGCUCAAGAAAGGCACAGACAACGAGGUGAACGAGGAGGAUGAUGAUGAUGAAGACGAUGAGGAUGAAGAUGAUGAUAAAGAGGGUGAAGAUGAAGAAAAGGAAGGUGCAGACUAUGACGAUGAGGAGAAGUUGGAGAAGGAGGCAGAGUUCAUGAAGGAACAGCAGGAGAAGCUGGAGCAGGAAAAAGAGGCCAUCAUGGACGACCGGUCGCUGGUGGCUGAGGAGAAACAGAAGCUCCUGGAUGAGAAGGAGAGGAUGAUGGGAGAUCUGAGGAAGGAACAGGAGGCCACUGCGCUUCUCACCGCCAAAUUUAAGGCGAUGGAGAGUAAGCUUCUGGUUGGAGGAAAGAACAUCAUUGAUCACACUAACGAACAGCAGAAGAUGCUGGAACAGAAACGACAAGAGAUUGCAGAACAGACAUGUAAAGAGCGAGAGAUGCAGCAGCAGAUGUUAGUUCGUGAUGAGGAGACGCUGGAGCUGAGGGAAACCUUCACGUCUCUGCAACAGGAAGUGGAGGCAAAAACCAAAAAACUCAAAAAGCUGUAUGCUAAACUGCAGUCGGUGAAAUCUGAGAUUCAGGACGUGAACGACGAGCACGUCAGGACCAGACAGGAACUGGAGCAGACGCAGAAUGAGCUUACAAGAGAGCUCAAGUUCAAGUACCUCAUAAUCGAGAACUUCAUCCCUCCGGAGGAGAAGAAUAAGAUCAUGAACCGGCUGGUGUUCGACGUCGACGAGGACCAGUGGAAAUUCCAACCUCUCGUCCCUGCCGAGAAUAAGUUUACCCAGAUGAAGAAGAGACCCACCUCUGCCGUCGGGUACAAGCGACCCAUCAGUCAAUAUGCCAGGGCCUCUAUAAAGAUGGGCACUAAUUCCAGAUACAGGGCUGAAAACAUCAUGCUUCUGGCGCUAGACAUGACUCCGCCCACUUUGUUUCAAAUGGACUUCUCGAGGGCGGGGUCUGAGACGGAGCCAAGCCGAGACGUGCAGCUGGACAAUGCGUCGUAUAGAGAGAAAGUAGCAGCCAGUCGGGUCCGAAAAUCCCAGUCCUGGUGCCAGAACCCACGGACCAUGUCUUCCUCGAGUUCGACGCUCUCCCUGUCAUCCUCAGGGUCCAACAGCCUGGCACACCCCGUCAGCGCGGCCAUGGCAACAGCUCACCAUUAAGGCGCCAAUGAGCACACCUUUAUCCCCUCUUUGAUACACCAAUGAGGCAUGAAUUACGCGUCCCACCUCCGUUUGUCCAGCAUUGAAAUGGUGGCCUUGUCCAAGAUCCCUACACAAAGAAAGACAUGCUGCAAAGAAGACAAAUUAUAUCACGUUCUUACAUCCUUCCUUUAUUUUCAUCUUUUCUUCAAGUCCGAUCUCGCAGUCUCAGCCAUGGCGCACUGGCUUCUGGUUUCUAUAGAUUCAGUUUUGCAUCCACAUCGACCACUGAAUAGAAACUGUUUCCAGCACAAAAUCCAUUAAAACAUCAUUUUUUUGUUGGCUUUUUAAGCUUGAACAAAUUUCAGUAUGUUUACUACUGAAAGAAACAACUAUAUAUGGCCGUCAGCUAGAAAAACAAUUACCUGGAAAAUCAUUCCUAAACCACCCUGGUCAUCUCCUGGAGAGGAAAUUAAAGGAAUGGCACUUCCUGUGCGAACUACUGUAUAUAAAAGAGCUGGAAAAGACAGAUGGACGGAUGAAGACGAGUGCAGACGUCUUUUUCUCAUUCUCCAGGCUCUGCUUGCAUGUUGUACUGUGUGUGUGUUGUGUGUAUGUGUGUGUGUGUGUGUGUGUGUGUGUCCUUGUUUGAGAUUCUGAUCAGGGAUUACGGGACAGGGUCUGGAUUCCGUUGGCCGGAUUACAAACGGCUAAUAAUGUGGGUGUGGUCUACGCACAGAAUUAGAAACGCUAGAAUCGACGCUGUUGUGUGGUCGUUUUGGCUGGUACCAAAAAACUAAAAGGUUGUGUGUCCAUGGUCUCCUAGCCUGCAUUGAUUGCAUUUUUUUACAUUCCUGUUAGCAUAAAUCAUUCUGAAUUGCUAGUUAUAUUAAAAUCUAUAAGAUAUUUUGCAUGAACUAAGUUUCCAGUAAUGAGCAUAAUGCUAAAGAUAAAUAAUGACCUUUAUGACUUCAUCCUAGCCAUUAGAUAAGGUUUUAUUUAAAGCUGACAUAAAGUUCAUAUAAGGCUUAUGGACAUUUUAUGUACACUUUAGGUUUACAUAAGGUUUAAGCAAGAUUUGUGUGCUGUACAUUGCACUUCAGUUUAUUUAAGGGUUAAACUGGCUUAAUCGUAAGGCUUAUGUAAAGUUAACAUAAGAUUUACAUAAGGCUGUUAUGUAAAAAGUUUGGCUGUUCAUAGAAAUGACUAAAGUUUAUGUAAAAUGUCCACACAUUUUAACUUAGGUUUUGUCUUAUUUUACAUAAGGAUCAUACAAGGGUUCAUAAGGCUCAUCUAAGGAUUCUGUAAUUUCUACAUUAUGGCUUAUGUGAGGUUCAAGGGAGGUCUUUGUCAGGUUUUCGUAAGCUUUGUAUAAGGUUACUGUAAGGCGUGUUUCUGAAAAUUAUUCACGGUGUACAUAAGGUUUACCUAAGGCUUAUGCACAUUUUGCAUAGAGUUUAUGUAAGCUUUAUAUAAGGUUUUGUGAGGUUUCUGUAAGGGUCUUUCCCAGUCUUUUCUUUCAUGUUUGUGCAGAUUAUUCAGGUUUUACAUAAUAAUGUAAUUUCCUGCAAAUACACCAAUCAGCCAUAUCAUUAAAAUUACUUCCCAAUUAUUGUGUAGGUCGUCCUGUGUGUUACCAAAACUGUAUAUUUGUCAGCCACAGUGUUUAGGUAGGUGUUGCGUGUAACAUUACAAGUAACAUCCACAUGAAAAGCAGGAUCCAAGGUUUCCCAGCAGAACAUUUCCCAAAGCAUCUCACAGCUGGCUUGCCUUCUUCCCAUAGUGCAAACAAGUGACACCUUUUCCCCGGAGGAGCAAUUGACAUGCACACCCCACAAACCCCAGGAUAUAAAAGAAAACAUGAGCCAUUAAAGCAGGCCACCUUCUUUGAUUGCUCUGUGGUCCAGUUCUGAUGCUCACCUGCUCAUUGCAGGAACUUUCAGUGGAAGACAUGUGUCGGCAUUGUCAUGCUGGCAAGUUUGUGGCUAAGUAGCCCCACACACAAGCAAGCACUGUGUGUUCAGUCACCUUUCUGAUGGGGUAGUGGUUCAGACAGUUAAGGCUGUGGGUUACUGAUUAAAAUGUUGGGGGUUCAAGCCAAACCACCACCAGUCCGAAGUCUGAGACUUCAGUUCACCAGUUCUCCUUUUGUUGACCAUUUUUGGUGGGUACUAACACUACAUUUUGGGAACACCACACAAGGCCUGCUCUUUUGGAGUUGUUCUCACUCAGUCAUCCAGCCAGCACAAUUUCGCACUUGUCAGAGUCACUCAGAUCCGUAUACGCUUGCCCAUUUUCCCCAUGUCCAACACAUCAACUGACUGUUUACUUAAUUCACUUAACUGAGUAAUAAACUGUUUCCCACCCCUUAUUCCAUGCCCUUAUAAUGAGAUAAUCAAUGUUAUUCACUUCAUUUACUGUAUCAGUGGUUUUAAUGUUAUGGCUGUUCUCACCAUUGAAGAGACGUGCAGUCAGUACAAUUACAAUUAGACAAAUAAUUUCAUAUACCACAAAUUCAUAUUUUGUUUGUCUAACUUGUCGUUGCAUACUCUCUUUUGUUAAAUGUUAUUUUUUGUUUUUAUCCCUUUAUUGGAGCCUUUCCAAAGAACCCAUUAAAGAGCUCAUAAAUUGACCUUGAGGCUUGUGGUUAGACAUCAGACUUCAUAAGUUGUGUUUGAAUGAUCACCAUAAAUGCAAUAAAAAAACAAUUAGGCAUUAUUUCUUGGGGUUAUUUGGAUUCCAAAUUGUGUGGAAUUCUGAUGGUUUAAAGAUCUCAUGUGCUGAAAAGUCUGUCUACCAUUUCCUUCUUGUUUGUAGAUUUGCAAAUACCUUUAAAUUAUUGUUCGGUAAUAUAUGGAGAUGAGCGCAAGAGACUUAAGCCAAUUGAACACUCAUACUCAUAAACACGCACACUACAGUACAUAAUUAGUUGUCACAAUGGACUAUUUGCUUGGACACACCUAACCUAAAGCGUCUACACCCACCUACCUGACUCUACCUGUAUAGAUGCAAACGGACUGUGAAUAUUUGCGUGUGUUUAAAUUGUGACUGUAUGAUAAAACUACGAAAUAAAAACUGGGAAAUGC